GAUUAAAAUUCCUCGUGGCUUUUAAACGUCGUUCUGAUAACAGUUAUCCAAUAAUCCAAUAGCUCGUGGACAUUGCGUCAUGCCUCAUGCACUAAUGUCCGUCAUCGGCGUUCGUUACAAUAGGCGAAACCUUCACCGAUUGUUCAAGGUACUUCCAUCGUAACCGUUAUCAUCAAAAACCCGUUUAGGCCACUCUAUCACUCGACACUCCGUGUGGCAGUGUCCGAUUGUCGUUGAUCGCGAACGCAGUGACUAUAGCCAGCUGGUGAGUUUUCUGUGAUUCGUCGACAUGCAGGAUUUCACUUUUCUCAAUGCGAAAAUGUACCUCUUGGAUGGAAGUUUCGUCAGUGGAAUUUUGCCGUAUGUGGAGUAUGACAGCGUUAUGAAACAUCCGCUUUGGGGUUCGAAUUUGCUUUUUAAUGAUGAAGAAGCUGUUGUGAAAGGCCACARAGAUUAUAUUAAAGCCGGAGCGGAGUUUCUGACCACCAACACAUACCAAGCGAGUAUUGAAGGCUUUCAAAAACACUUGGAUUUAAACUAUGAACAAAGCUUHGAAUUAAUUAAAAAAUCUGUCACGAUUUGUCGACGAGCAAUAAUAGAAGAGAGUUCAGAACGGAUAGUUCGAAUAAUGGGAUCUGUUGGUCCGUAUGGCGCUUCACUGUGUGAUGGUUCAGAGUACAAUGGAAAUUAUAUUGAUAAGAUUAAUUCUAAAGAUUUAUACAACUGGCAUAAGCCUCGAAUCCAAGCACUGGUGGAGGCUGGUGUCGAUGUAUUACUUUUUGAAACGAUUCCUUCGAUGGUCGAGGCUGAAAUUUURCUAAGCAUACUGGCCGAGUAUUCAAAUCAAAAAGCAUGUUUAUCGUUCUCGUGUAAGGAUAGCAAACAUUUAAGUCACGGAGAGACAUUUGCAAGUGCUGUAGAAAAGUUCUGGUCAAAUGAUUCUCAAAAACAAUUGAUCGCUAUCGGCAUGAACUGUYUGGACCCAAAACUUAUAACACCGCUUUUGACGUCCGUAAAAACUGAGAAUGUCGUUUUUAUUACUUAUCCAAAUGGAGGUGGAGUAUGGGAUGCGGUUAAAAAAUGCUGGGAUAACACUCAAAUGUACCAAGUUUCAAUCGACGAUUUGAACUUGUGGAGUAAAAAGGGUUUGAAAAUAAUUGGAGGUUGUUGUAACACCGAUACAACUGAAAUAUUACGUAUUAGAAAUUUGAUUGACAACUACUUAUUUUCAUYUCAAUGAAUAUAGAUUUAAAUCAUAGGUAUACUCAUAACGAUUCAUUACUACAAUUAUUUCUUAAAAUAUUUAAAGUGCUUUUAGAGGGGUUUCAAGUAUGAGCUCAAGUGUUUUAAUUUUAGGUGUAUGCAUGAUGUUAUAAGGUUACAUAUAUAUUUAUUUAUUAAUGAUCUAUAUCCAUCUGUUAAACCAGUACAUACUAUUUUUCGCUAAUAAAGCAUUAUUUAAUUGUUUAUUUUWAACUACAGAAUAAAUUCUCAUUGGACAAAAUAUAAAUAUUUAAAUACUCACAGUAUUAUUUAUCCAUUAAUUAAUUUACUUAACGAAUUUAAGGGCGAGGCCUUUGUUUACAUAGUGACAAUACAUUAAUAACAAUAAUUUUAGAUAAUAAGAUAAAAUAGAAAAUAUUAAAUAAAUAUUAAAAGUUUAAAAUAAAAGUACAAUAUGCACAACGUAAUAAUUGUUACAUUUCAUGAWYAGRCAUAAAAAAGGAGGGAUCCUCAUUGGAAUGAGACCUUAACCAUCUAAUAGGCUCAUUCCUUAUGUAGUUGGUAGUUGAAUGUGAAAUUAAGAAGCGAACUGUUGUUAGGGAUUUUAAAACAAAACAAAGAGAUAAUCCACUUUAAGUGACAAAUUACUAGCAAACCUMAAAAGUUAUCGCUGUACCCUUUUGGGCUGCAUCGAGUCACUUGCAUGCAUCAUGAGGAACAYAUACAGUUAUGCCAUACUCAAGUGUUGGACGCACUAGUGCAUGAGCUGUAAUAGAUAUUCUAGAAUGGAAGCCCUUGGACAAUCUCAUUAUGAACUCAACUAUAUAUUAUAGACAGAUAAUGAAAUACAUGUAAUGUUAUGUUUCACCAUUAUUUGCAGUAAGUACAUUUAUUUUGUAAAAAAUGUAUACUAUAAUUUAUCACUAAGU